UUAUCUCUAAGCAUCAUAAUGUAUGAUCAUGCAUGUUUAAUCCUAGGUUGUAUUAUGCAUCUAGAUUGUUAUUUCGAUUCUUGCUCACUUCCGCUGCGCAUGUAUGUACUCGUGGAAGCAUUUUGAGUCAUCAUAGCAAUCGUUUUGGAGGAACAUUACCUCCCUCCAUUGUCAACCUUUCAAAUCAUCUAACAUGGCUAGCCUUUGGAAGAAAUAUGUUAAGUGGAAGCAUUCCUACCGGGAUUGAAAACUUGAUUAAUUUGCAAGUUUUUGAUUUGGAAUAUACCUUUUUGAAUGGAAGUAUCCCUCCUAACAUUGGGAAACUUCAUAAUUUGGUGGAGCUGUAUUUGACUGGUGACAAAUUAAUUGGACCAAUUCCAUCCUCCAUUGGUAAUUUAUCUUCACUAGUGGAGCUUUUCAUGAAUGAUAACGAACUUGAGGGAAGUAUACCUCCAAGCCUGGGACGAUGCCAAAGCCUCCAAUCUCUUUACUUAUCUCAUAAUAGUCUAAGUGGCAUCAUUCCAAAAGAAGUUCUCAAUCUCUCUUCCCUUUCCAUCUUCUUGGCCUUGGAUCAUAACUCAUUUAAUGGUCCAUUGCCAUCUGAAGUGGGUGAGUUAGUUGAUUUAAUAGCAUUGGAUGUAUCAAACAACAAAUUAUCAGGUGAUAUUCCCAACAAUCUCGGUAAGUGUAUUACCAUGGAAUACUUGAAUUUGGAGGGUAAUCAAGUUGAGGGGACAAUUCCACCAUCUUUGGAAGGUUUGAAAGGUCUAGAAGCACUUGAUCUUUCGAGCAACAAUUUAUGUGGGCCUAUUCCCCAAUUCCUUAGCAAGUUUCUCUCACUCAAGUAUCUCAAUCUAUCCCACAAUAAUUUUGAGGGGAAGGUCCCAAAAGGAGUUUUUUCCAAUUCAACCAUGAUUUCCGUCCUUGGAAACGACAAUCUAUGUGAUGGAAUACCAGAAUUACAUUUGCCUCCAUGCGCACCCAACCAAACACACUCACCAAACAAAUUUCUAGCACCAAAGGUGUUAAUCCCUGCMGUAUCCACAAUCACAUUCAUUGUUAUUCUUUUGAGCAUCCUUUUCGUAUGUUUUGUGCCUAAAAAGUCAAAGAAUAAUGCUUCUAACUUCAUCUUCCACCAAUGAUUUUGUGCCACAAAUUUCUUAUUUGGAACUCAGUAAGUCAACCGACGGGUUCUCUGUAAACAAUUUGAUUGGUUCGGGUAGUUUUGAAUCUGUGUAUAAAGGUGUUCUUUCAAAUGAUGGAUCAAUUGUUGCCGUUAAGGUUCUAAAACUCCAACAACAAGGUUCUUCCAAGAGUUUUGUUGAUGAAUGCCACAUUCUCUCGAAUAUACGACAUCGAAAUCUCCUCAAGAUCAUCACUUCUUGUUCAAGUAUUCAUAUACAAGGCAAUGAAUUUAAAUCUCUAGUCUUUGAUUUCAUGUCCAACGGAAAUCUAGACAGUUGGCUUCACCCUACAAAUCAAGGGCACAAUAAAGAAAGUUGAGUCUCAUCCAAAGAUUGAACAUUGCCAUUGAUAUUGCUUCUGGUUUAGAUUAUCUCACAAAUCAUUGUGAGACACCAAUUGUUCACUGUGAUCUAAAGCCUAGCAAUGUAUUACUUGACAAUGAUAUGGUAGCCCAUGUUGGGGAUUUCGGGUUAGCCACAUUCAUGUUGGAAGGAGAUAAUCAAUCUUCUUUUGGUCAAACCAUAUCGCUUGCGCUCAAGGGUUCAAUCGGAUAUAUCCCUCCAGGUAUUUUCCUUCCAUCUAAACUACCUAUUUUUUUUAUUAGCAAUAACUAUUUGAUCUUAAUUUUUUAUUGGUAUAAUAAUGGAUUAACAAUUACAGAGUACGACAUCGAUGGCAGAAUUUCUAUUGAAGGAGAUAUAUUUAGCUAUGGAAUACUAUUAUUGGAAAUGAUCGUUGGAAAAAGACCCACCAACGACAUGUUUGGCAAUGAUGUGAAUAUUCAUAUGUUUACUGCAAUGACAUUGUCUCAUGGAUUCUUGGAUAUAAUUGAUCCUUUUUUGUUAUUUGAAGAAAC